UUUUGCUCUAAUGACAGUCAGCGACGCUCCGGGCGUUUGGAGACACGUUCCGUUUAAAUGUUUCACGCCUCUUUUUCUCCGUCUGACGGCCGGACGUUGCUAACAUCUCUGCUAACGUCAGUGUUAGCAUCGGCGGCUAACUGCGCGGGGAGCGAAUGCUAACAACUCGGCUCAUUUAUAAACUCUGCUUCAAACUCGGUCAAGGCGGAAAAGUGGGCGAGGAACAGCAGAUCAGAUCAGAACCGGUCCUGGACGGGUUGUUUCGUGUCUCGGUCCGAUGGCGGCUAACGGCUAACUAACGACAAGUUGCAGCGCGCCAAUUCACCGGGACGUUUAUUCUGUUAUUGCGGAGGAAUAAAGCCUCAAAUCAAACCAGAAUCUAAAUCCUAAAGAUCCUUAAAACACAGAGAAGCUCCACAGCAGAUUCUCAGCUUCAGGCACGAGCGGGAUUCACGGCUGCAGACAUGAGCAAUGUGGACGAGGAAGCGAUGGACAGUCCUGCAGUGUCUGAGGAGGAGGAGACGUCCCAGGACGACCAGACGAGUCCCAACAAAGGCAGCUCCAAAUCUCCUGCCAUUGGUGAAAUCAUUGAAGGAAAACGAGCAAAGAAGACGGUGGAGAGACUCGACUUUCAGGCGCCGAAGCAAAUGAAGAAGCUGCAGAUUGGAGAUGGUAGUGGAGAUAAAUUAGGAGACAUCCCACGCACCAGCUACCAGAUCACCAAGAUGAAGCCGGCGGACCUGAAGCCUCUGCACGCCAUCGUGUUCGACCGACCGGGGAAGAUGGCGACAAUAAAGAAGAACCUGCGGCUGUUCAACGGCUUCUCUUUCGAUGCAGACAGUGAACAGUUCACAAAGAAACGAGAAAAACUUCUCAAGAGCUCACAUUUCACCAACAGCAAACUGAAGGUGGUCUGCAGCGUCCUGGACCUGGAGAAGAAAGGAACCCACUCUGACCUGGUCGACCGGAUCCUGAGCUUCCUCAUCGCACCCAAGAACAGCGGGAAGCGCCUGCCCGUCAAGAAGAAGAAGAAGUCCAAGAAGAAGCUGCUGGGCGACGACUCCAACGCUAAGACCAAAAAGAAGAGCAAACCCAAAGCCAGGAGCUCGACGUCCAGUCCCAAGAAGUCCAAACCGGGAAGCAAGUCCAAGGCCAUCGUCAUGGAAACGAGCAGCGACGAGGACGACGAUGAGGAGGAUGAGAAGACGGGGGCUUCAGCCGAGGCCGAGGGGUCGGACAUGGAGGAGAAACCUUCAGACAGGGGGGAGCCGUCUGAUAAGUCAGAGGAGUCUGAGGAGGACGAGGACGAGGAGGAGGAGGAGGAGGAGGAGUCCUCCAGGUCAAAGUCCAGCCGAGGGAAGACGUCGUCCAAGAAGACGUCGUCCAUCAAGAGACAGAGGACACCAACGAAGAAGACGGGACCCCCGAAGAAAAGAGUGAGGAAGGAAAGUUCAGACGAGUCUGAUGGAGACAGUGACGCUGAGAAGCCCAAACAGAAGAAAAUCUCUCGAGCUAAAACGAAGAAGGCCGACAGCAGCAGCAACAGGACCAACACAGACACAGCGAAGGACAGUUCAGACGAGGACGAGCCGCUGAUUAAGAUGAUCAAGAAAAGUCCGAGUGACGAGCAGCUGAAGGAGACGGUGCAGAGUCUCCUGAAGGACGCGAACCUGGAGGAGAUGACCAUGAAACAGAUCUGCCAGAGGGUCUUUGACACGUACCCGGAUCAGGACCUGACGAACAGGAAGAGCUUCAUCAAAGAAACAGUGAAAUCACUCAUCACAUGAGGGACCAGAGGACCAGGGGACGACGAGGAGGACAAGGGGACGACGAGGAGGACAAGGGGACGACCAGGGGACGACCAGGAGGACAAGGGGACGACCAGGGGACGACCAGGGGACCAGAGGAGGAACCAGAGGAGGAACCAGGAGGAGGAGAUGUGGGAUCGUAUUUUUAUUCUGGUGUGACUUGUUUGUAGCUUCUCAUUUUAACUCUUGAGGAAUCGGUUCUGGACGUUUUCUCUGUGUUGAAUGAAAAUAUUUCUCUGAAUGAUUAAAAUUUACGUUUUGGAACAAA